AUCAUCCUACAGUCAACACGGCGCGUUGGAGGCAGCGAUGAUCAUAACAGGCGAUACUGCUAGCAGCGUCCUGGGCUGGAUAUCUAUCGCAUGCUGGGUUAUCGUUUACUCCCCUCAAAUUAUAGAGACCUAUCAGCUGCAAAGCGGGGAAGGACUGUCGCUUCUCUUCGUAUACAUAUGGCUCGCCGGCGAUUUGUGUAACGUCAUAGGCGCGAUUAUGGGCGGCCUUUUGCCCACUGUCGUCAUUCUCGGUGUCUACUACACCCUCUGCGACUCUACGCUCCUCCUACAGGUCUACUACUACCGGUGGAAGUCUCGACAACGCUUAACAUCUCCAGCGGCGCCCACGGAGGAAGACCCCCUUAUAGGGAUCUCCAUUUUGCCCCUCCAAGACAGGCGGCCAUCUGCUUGGAAGAUCUUCUUUCAAUACACCGCUGCAGUGGUUUUCGUUUGUCUCACUGGUGUCGGCGCAUAUUUUAUUAGUGAAAGUCUUCAAGGCCGCCAGCAAGGACCUCAAGCACUUGAAUCCCUGUCUGAGGGAAAGGCAGGGGUCGAGUGGGAAGUUCAGAUCAUAGGAUGGACAAGCGCUAUCCUUUUCCUUGGAUCUCGGAUCCCUCAAAUAUUGAAAAAUUUCAAGACUCGAUGCGAGGGCCUUGCUCCAGGCCUGUUCUUGUUUGCCAUACUUGGCAACACAACGUACGCCCUGUCGAUAUGUGCUGCAUCCAUGGACCCAGAUUAUCUGAUUAAAAAUUCAAGUUGGUUGGCAGGGAGCGCGCUGACCGUCUUUUUCGAUCUGAUCGUUCUCGGCCAGUUCUUCUACUAUGGCUUCGUUUCGCGGCAGCGCGGAUGGAUCGAGGGAACGAUUGGAGAGUCGUGAUUAGGUCUCAAGAUCUCAAUGUUCAGUGGAUCGGAUCUUAUCUUAAUUAUCUCCUACGUGCAACCUCAUGGACAGACUAGAGUUUAGACCAACAGAAUUUUAGUGGGAAGUAGAGCCCCAGCGCCGAGCAAAGAGGGAGGGUUCCCCUUGUAAAGGAGGUUCUGUGAGUAAGGUUGUAGGACUCUCGCCGGUUCCGGUCCUUGUUAUGUUCUUGUGUGAACAAACGCAGUAAUAAUCGGAGAGGCGUUCGCGCGUUGCCGCUGACUGGUCUGCCUCGUUGUCC